UGUGAAAUCGAGAACAGCCAUGUAGCUAUACAGACAAUAUACUCCAUGAAUGGUGGGUCAACCACAUCCAUAUCCAUGACAACCCUUUCAUAAACCAGCCAGUCAUUAUUCAUAUUAUCUCAUUCUCAUAUAUCUCUCUCAAUUCCUCAUCCCACCACGCACACACAGUCACAAACUCCCUUCUUCUUCUUCCAAUGGCCGCCACAGACGUCACGGAGCCCACGUGGGCCGAGCUCCUGGGCCGCGACAACUGGGCGGGCCUACUAGACCCUCUCCACCCCUCUCUCCGCUCCCUGAUCCUCCGGUGCGGGGACCUCAUCCAAGCCACCUACGACGCCUUCAACAACGACAAGAACUCGCUCUACUGCGGCGCCAGCCGCUACGGCAAGGCCUCCUUCUUCCGCAAGGUCAUGCUGGACUGCCCCGAGAAUUAUGACGUCGCGGCGUUCCUCUAUGCCACCGCAAGGGUCACCGUCCCCGAGGCCUUCCUCCUCCACUCGCUCUCGCGCGAGGCCUGGGACCGCGAGUCCAACUGGAUUGGCUAUAUCGCCGUCACAUCAGACUCGCGAUCCCAAGAACUCGGGAGGAGGGAGAUCUACGUGGUGUGGAGAGGGACCACCAGGGACAUGGAGUGGAUCAACGUCUUUGGGGCUGGGCAGGUGGAUGCUUCCGGGUUGCUCAGUGCUAAGAGCCUCAAAGAGCUGAAGGAUGGAAACAAAGACGGUAGUAGCAGCAGCAGUGACGAGGAAGACGACCCGAGAAAACCGAAGGUGAUGUCGGGUUGGCUCACAAUCUACACGUCUGACAACCCAAAAUCCCCCUUUACCAAAUCCAGCGCAAGAACGCAGCUUCAAGCCCACGUCAAAUCCCUCUUACAACAUUACAGCUCUGAGAACCCCAGCUUGGUCAUCGUGGGGCACAGCCUCGGCGCAACCCUAUCCAUCGUGAGCGCCUUCGACCUGGUCGAAAACGGGGUAACGGAGGUCCCGGUCACCGCCAUCGUGUUCGGGUCCCCCCAGGUCGGAAACAAGGCCUUCAACGAGAGGUUCAACAUGUUUCCGAACUUGAAAGUUUUGCACGUGAAGAACGUGAUCGAUUUGAUCCCACACUACCCGGGGAAGUUGUUAGGGUAUGAGUACAUGGGCACGGAGCUGGUGAUAGACACGAGGAAGUCGCCGAGCUUGAAGGACUCGAGGAACCCGGGUGAUUGGCAUAACUUGCAAGCGAUGUUGCAUGUGGUGGCGGGGUGGAAUGGGAAGAAGGAGGAGUUUGAGAUGAGGGUGAAGAGGAGUGUGGCGUUGGUGAAUAAGUCUUGUGAGUUUCUGAAGGAGGAAUAUGGCGUGCCAGGGUCGUGGUGGGUGGAGAAGAAUAAGGGGAUGGUGAAGAGGGAGGAUGGGGAGUGGGUGUUGGAUGCGCCAGAUGAGGAGGAUGUGCCUGUGCUCGAAGAGAUUUGAUUAGCUUUAAGCUUGGAUCUAGUAGGACUGUUAAUCUCUUCAUGUAAUGGAACAUUAUUCAAAUCUAAAUCUUCUAUAAUAGAUUUAUUUUAUGUGAGAAUCGAAAAUAAAUAAAAAUUUAUAUAUUUUAUGUUUAAUUGAUUAAGUUAGACCGAAUGGGGUGUUGAUAUAUGUAUAAUGUUCAUGUUAAAAAAAAAAAUGAAUGUAUCAUAAUGACAUUGUCCUUUUUUGUUUUG